AAAUCGGGGAAGAAGAAGCAUCGCUGAGGAGAGACAAAGACGUCUGUGAGUUUUCUGGGGUCUCAGGAUGACCGUCACAUAUUCCAGUAAAGUCGCCAACGCCUCCUUCUUCAGUUUCCACCGGCUGCUGCUGCGUUGGAGGGGAAGCAUCUACAAGCUGCUGUACCGAGAGUUCAUCCUGUUCGUCCUGCUCUACAGCGUGCUGAGCGUCGUGUACAGGCUCGUCCUCUCAGACCCACAGAAGAGGUUGUUCGAGAAACUUUCCAUGUACUGUGAUAAAUACGCGGAGCAGAUCCCCGUCACCUUCGUCCUCGGUUUCUACGUGACUCUGGUGGUGAAUCGAUGGUGGAAUCAGUUUGUUAAUCUGCCGUGGCCGGACCGCCUCAUGUUCCUCAUCUCCAGGUACAAACUCUGUGUUCAGGGUAAAGACGAAUAUGGCCGCCUGCUGCGCCGGACGUUAGUGCGUUACGUUAACCUGACGUCGCUGCUCAUCUUCCGCUCCGUCAGCACCGCCGUCUGCAAACGCUUCCCCACCAUGGACCACGUGGUCGAGGCAGGUUUUAUGACUCCAGAGGAGCGGAAGGUGUUUGAGAAUAUCCGCUCUCCUCACCUGAAGUACUGGAUCCCCGUCGUCUGGUUCUCCAACUUGGCGUCUAAAGCUCGACAGGAAGGACGAAUCAAGGACAGCAUCGACCUGCAGAACAUCCUCAAGGAGAUGAAUGUGUUCAGGACUUGGUGUGCGACUCUCUUCGGCUACGACUGGGUCGGCAUCCCGCUGGUUUACACACAGGUCGUCACCCUCGCCGUCUACACCUUUUUCUUCGCUUGUCUUAUCGGUCGUCAGUUCCUCGACCCCGCGCGGGGUUACCAAGGUCACGACCUCGACCUCUACGUCCCCGUCUUCACGCUGCUGCAGUUCUUCUUCUACUCCGGCUGGCUGAAGGUAGCGGAGCAGCUGAUCAACCCGUUCGGGGAGGACGAUGACGACUUUGAAGCUAACUGGAUCAUUGACAGGAACCUUCAGGUGUCUCUGCUGGCCGUAGAUGAGAUGCACAUGAACCUGCCUCACAUGACCAAAGACCUGUACUGGAACGACUGCGAGGCGCGCCCGCCGUACACGCUGGCUGCUGCCGACUACUGCAUCCCUUCAUUCCUCGGCUCCACCACCGACAUGGGACUCUCCGACAUCCUGCAGGUUGAUGAGGCUGACGUUAGCAACAAUCGUCCACGGCAACAGGACUCUGUUUUGGCUUGGCGCCAAGAGUCGGUUCUGGGUCGAGUCCGCCGGCUGCUGAGCGUUCAGGAGCCUCCUGACCUCCCACUUUCUCGACCCAUCUUCAAACGACACAGCAGCGACGCAACAGGAAGCUUCUUCCCAGACUUCAGGGUCAAUCCACGUCCAGACAACACGGGUCUACCCUCCCCUGCCAAGGACACCCUGUCCACCUUAAGGGAGGUCAGCAGUAACCCUCCAUCCCCUGAAAGCUCGCCCUCUACUGUUUUCCCCCGGCUCGUCAUUAGUCCACCUUUGUCUGGAUUAAUGGACUCUUCUGGAAUUUGUGAAGCGGCAAAACCACAGAAUGGACUGGAUCCCACCCCCACUGAGGAGGCACUGGCCUUGGAUACCCCGAGGAACAGCUCCUUGGUCUGUUGUUCCCCCACCCAGCUGGGACCCAAGGAAUUCCGCUGGGCCAAUCACCCACCAACCCGGCCACGGGGGCGCCAGUUCUCCCUCCAGUUCUCCAGGCAGUCAUCGAAAGCGUCAGUCCGAAGCCUGCCAAGCCCCAAGGCUCUGGGAAGGCGGAGACGAGGCCUGGCUCGAUUCCAAUCCCGACGAUCACCUGGACCACCAAGUGGCACUCUGCAGAUCCCUGAUGCUGAGUACGACAACGACUUCCAGGGACUGGCAGGGACUGAGGAUGACGAGAACAAAGGAACCAACAACAGUGAAGAGAUCAAGAAACAGGACUCCUAAUCGCAGAGUUUGGAGUAAAAAUCAGAAACACUCACACGGUAACAUAAUACCCAAACAGAGCCAAUCUUUGAGCUGCUAACGACAUGAAAGAAGUCACAAGAGGAAAGUUGCUUAGAAAUCUCCAACCUCUGAAGGGAUGUUUUGAAGCCUGGAGUUUGUUCACUGGAGACAAACCCUAACCCUAAGAUUGUACACCAAAGAAUACAAAAGAUACAAAAUAAUUAUAAUACAAUUUGGGCAAAGAUGCGAAGAGCAAACAGCAACUACCCCGGCUGAGCUUGAUAGGCUGAAACACCAGCCAUUCGAGAAAAUGCCAUUUUUAUGCCUUAAUAUUUUCUUAAUGGAGGAAUAACAACACACAUUAGAUUAAUUGAACUUCACCACAAAGAGCUGAAUCUGUUGUGGAACGAUUGUGGGGUUUUCCCUUCAAUACAGUCAGGGUUUUCAUGGAUGCCAUCUGGUGGCCAUUAGAGGAACUGUGGUGAGUGUUUGUGUUUACGUGAUAACAAUUUGUCUGUUUUUUUAAAUGAAACUUAAGUGAUGAAUAUACAAUAUGUGUUGAUGCUGCUGAAUCACCAAAAACUGUACCAAAAAUUAAGAAUGGUUUCACCACGGCUAGAGAUGAUAUGAUUGGGGGAUCGACUAUGAUUGGGCACUUUUGAUGGGCCAAAAAAGUUGCAAAAUAGGUCAGAAAUUGAAGGAUAGCGUAAGCACAAAGUUGCUAGCUAGUUGCAAACGAGUGAAAUUUGUGUUGGUGCCUUUGCAAGAAAUACAAAAUGCUGUUAUUGUCUUUUUAAUUGUAUAGUAUUUAUUUCUGAUACAGUUGUCAGCUAUUGAUAACCGAUGGGUUAGAGUUAGGUUAUGUGCUUAGCAGAGGCAAAGCCGACCCGGUUCUGUCCUCUGUCGAAGAUGGUGUAGACCUCUGUCAAAAAUACAUCUCCCAGAAUCCACAGGGGGCCUUCGGUGGAAACUAUGUCCGUGGCCUGGAAACCACUGAAACACAACUCCCUGUCGCCAAGCAUCUCCUGGAGACAGAAAGAGAUCUCUUUUGAAGAUGACAUUUCAGUAUCACACUGUAUAUUUAUGUUCAAGUUUAUUUGUCAUGUCAACCAUAAAAAAUAUAGCUGAAUUAAUGAUUGUUUCUCUCUGGUCCAACAUAUUAAAACACACUAAACAUAAACAUCGUAAGUGCAUGGGUCCAUGAAGAAAAUGUCAACAUUGAAUGUUACAAUUCAUUAUAUAAUUUGC